GCAGCGCUUGUCGCGCAUGCGCAGUCCGCAGUCUCUGGUCAUGCCCUGUACUGUCUGCAGUCUCUGGUCAUCCCCUGUACUGUCUGCAGUCUCUGGUCAUCCCUUGUACUGUCUGCAGUCUCUGGUCGUCAUCUGUACUGUCCGCAGUCUCUGGUCAUCUCCUGUAGUAUGUCUGCAGUCUCUGGUCAUCUCCUGUAGUAUGUCCGCAGUCUCUGGUCCAUCUCCUGUACUAUGUCCCGCAGUCUCUGGUCAUCUCCUGUACUGUGUCAACAGUCUCUGGUCAUCUCCUGUACUCUGUCCGCAGUCUCUGGUCAUCUCCUGUAUUUGUCCACAGUCUCUGGUCAUCUCCUGUACUGUGUCCACAGUCUCUGGUCAUCUCCUGUACUGUGUCCGCAGUCUCUGGUCCAUCUCCUGUACUGUGUCCGCAGUCUCUGGUCAUCUCCUGUACUAUGUCCGCAGUCUCUGGUCCUUCUCCUGUACUGUUUCCGCAGUCUUUGGUCAUCUCUUGUACUGUCUGCAAUCUCUGGUCAUCUCC